AUGCCGGUGGAUCUUUCAAGACCAAGCUUUGAUCGGCUGAUGGACGCAGUGGACGAUCUUUUAGAUGCUCUUUUGGAAUUCUCAAACGAAGAUGAUCCCAAAGGCAAGAAGCUCAACGAAGAAUCCGUAGUCCAAUUUUGGUCUACUGUCUGUCUUGCACCCUCAAUUUUUUUCCCGAAUAUACGAAUGACUAAAGAAAUUGAUGGAAACCGCGUCUACAUCUUGGUCGAGCAGCGCUGCAGCCUCUUCUGCUGUCAGAAACAGCGUGAGAGUUGCAUAUUUGUGAUUCAAUGCUCGAAGUCUCGCGAAAAUAUUAGCGAAGGCUACUGGGAAGGGUGCGAGCGACAACUGGCUGGUUUCAUUGACCAGCGCUUCAAGCGUGCAGUUUACAUUAGCGCGGCCAUUGCCAUUGGCUCUGUCUUUGGACUUUAUCACUAUCAAUUAGGUGGGUUGCAGCCGAUGCCGCGCUAUGAUGAGGAGUUCGACAUUUUAGAUUCUGAGGAUUGUUCGAUGGUUUUCGACAAGGUAUUUCAUAUAUUUCUUCAAGCUGUGUCUGACAAGGGCAGGCUGAUGGCAGCGUUUGUUAAUCAUCGAAGAUAA